GACAAAAGUUCCCGGUCCGACCAGCGUCGCUACCUUAUGUUUGCAUCAUCACCAUCCUCCGGCACAGGAACGAACCAUGCCGGUUAAUUUGUACCAUCUCCCAACUUUCCGGAGCCUUAUUCUUCUGACUUCCCGCUUCUUGAUUAUCUGAGCUCAGCUUCCCAGCCAUCUGCUACGGACCUUUUCUCCGCCGCAAUCUAACAAAAUGCCCGGCUGGCGCGACGAGUAUCUUUCAUCCCUCAUGGAUGCCGACCAGCGAAAUCCCGUCAACCGAGAGCUUGUGGAUACCUGCCAGCAACUCUUCGACCGCAUCUCCGUACUCGAAGCCGAAAAGGCGGCCCUCCAACAGCAAGUCGAGACCUACCUAUCAUCAUCCUCCUCGUCAAGUAGCGGCGCCGCCAACAAGCCCCGAGACCGAGACACCACCAAGACCGAUGCCGUUGCCUCCGACUCGACAACAACUGCGCCGACCGCCGCCGACUCUGCCCUUCUCGCCCGCCUCCGUGUCGAUCUAGCCGAAGCCCUCCGCGCCAAGGGCGACUUCCAGCGGCGGUUGAAUGUAGUCGAGGAGGAGCUCGUCCGCUUGCGCACGAAGACGACAACCGACAACAAGACAUUACAAACAUUGACGGCCGAGAGGAAGACGCUCACUAUCAAACUCAGAGACCGGGAGGAGGAGCUGCGCGCCAAGAGCAAGAUGCUGGCGGACGUCCAGGAUGAAUUGCAGGUGCUAAAUACCCACUUGGAUCUUGUCGAAAAGCGGCGUUCCGAGAUGGAGGCGGAGAACAAGCAGCUUGUAGCCCGCUUCAUGAAGCGGGUCGGGCAAGAGGCGGAGGCCAUGAACAUGGCGAAUGAUUCGACGUCGGGUUCCGGUCAUCGGUCAUCCGGUUCCAGGAGACGAUAAAGGAUGGAAAGCAAGGAAUUUCAGAUUCGCGGAUCCCAACAGCGAGGGAGAGCAUCACACGGCGCGAUGCACAUAUGAACAGCAAGAGGAAGGGCAAAGAUGGCUGUGUGAGAUCUUGGAAAAAGAUUCCAUGAUCCUUUUCAAGAACGCUGCCAGCACCCUGAUCAAGGCAAAAGAUACCAGAGGGAGAUAGGCAUAUGGGUUACGAUGCUUUGAUCGGCACAGCGCGGGAGUUUCGGGUUUGGGUAUCUUUGGUAAUGAGCUUCGCAGCCAGUGUAGUAUGACUACACAGGGACUGUUAUAAAAGGUAUGUAUGUACACGAUAUAAAAACCCGGUAUCCUUUCCCUUUCCAUUUUUACACUUCCCAUCCCUUUCCCUUCCACCUAUUUUCCGCAUCCAUACUGUAUAUCAAUCAGUAUGAAGAAACAAAAGCCCAUACAACGCGGAUAACACAAGCUCGCUUUUCAGGCGCGCCAUCCAGAAACCGCUAUGCUAGAAUAACAAGACACAUCAUAGGCGCAUACUCUUGCAAAUGUUUUGAUCCAGAUAUCAUCAUCAUGGUCCCAGGAGCCCUAAAGCAGGAAUGAGCUCGCUAACCUCCUCGUUUCCCCAAUCCAGAGCAGCAUUUACUCUCUGGCAGUUGCAUCACCUCCGGGUCGAAAUACAAUAUGUCCCGCUAGCGCCAGUCCAGCUGACAUAGCCUUCAGGAUACGUAAGGUGCUCGACAUCUAGGAUCGACGUGGCCACAUCGUUCUCGGCGUUCUUGUUGUCGUGCACGAAUGUCUUGAGCGAGAUGAUCUUGCAUCCGAUCUUCAGGUCCAGGAACAUGCUGACAAGGUUGUCAUUAAGCUGCGACGUGAAGGCCUGAUUGUUGACGAGCACCACAUCGGCCCGCUUAAGCACCUCGAGGAUCUUCUCGUUCUUACGGAAGUCCCCUCUUUCCAAGCGUACCUUGCCGGGCUUGACCCCCCACAGCCGGCAGCGGGCCAGGAACUCGUCGUACUGCGCCUCGGCCAGGUUACACGCGUUCUCCAUCAUCUCGCAGCCCCAGCUCUCGCACCCAAUCUCGAGCGCAGCCUGAAGCGUCACGUUGCCGACACCCGAGCCGAGAUCGACAAAGACCUUGUCCGAGGUCAGGUUGGUCCGCUCGAGAAUGUCGGAGAUGAAAGGGUGGUUCAGUUCGCCGUAAACGUUGUCGCUGCCGUUUUGGUACUUGGCCAGGAGCUCGACCCGUGGGGCGACGGUGCGGUCGUAUACCUGGUCGAGAAUGAAAUCCACCAGCUCGCGCGGUAUCCCGUGCAUCUUGUCGAGGUUUCGGACAAUGACGCCCUUGCGCAUGAGCUUGAGGAAUUCGUCGUUGUAUUCGCGGAGGGCGGCUUUGAAGCCGGGGCCGUCGGAUCGGUUCUUGCUCUUGACGAGCUUUCGGAGGAUGCCUGUUUGAUGGUCAAGAAAAAUCUUGCCCUCUUCGUCUGUGAGAUAGGUCGAGGCGGCUAAUUGUACUACUUUUUCGAUGUCCUUGACGGCAUCAAUCUUAUCUUUGCC